GCCCCGGUGGGGGCUGCGGGGGAACUUCCAGCCUGUUGAAGUGCAGAAACGUCCGCGCCGCCGGGCGCUUCGCCGGGUGCCGGGGAAGGUGUUUACAGACAAGUUCAGGUUUAUCCAGAGAGCCAUGGCAGAAGGUGGAUUUGAUCCCUGUGAAUGCAUUUGCUCGCAUGAACAUGCAAUGAGAAGACUGAUUAAUCUGCUGAGACAAUCCCAGUCGUACUGCACAGACACAGAAUGCCUUCAGGAAUUGCCAGGACCAAACUCCUCCAGUGACAAUGGCAUCAGCUUUGCCAUGAUAAUGAUGGCCUGGGUGGUGAUUGCACUUGUCUUGUUCUUACUGAGACCUAGUAAUCUAAGAGGAUCAAACACAGCCGGAAAGCCAACCAGCCAACACAAUGGACAAGAGCCACCAGCCCCACCAGUGGACUAGAGCAUUCAGAAUUGGAAAAGUUCAGCAGCUAAAACCUUGCACGACCAAAUGAACGAAGUGACCAGAUUACUCCUAAACCCUACUCAAUAUGGUUUUCUUUUCUCAUUUAUAUAGAGCAGAGUUGUCAUUCACCAGUAAUAUUCAUGAACUGCUUUUAGCAACUUCAAUUUUAAGUUAAUUUUUGCUUUGUAUGAUACUGCAAUUCCUGUAAGAUUGUAAUUUGAAUAAUGGUAAGGCAUUGCAGGGGUUUUUUGGUUUUUACUGUUACUGUGGACAUUCCACUCAGUCUCUUUCUGUUACAGUGAUCCUAAUUUCUUUGCUGUGAUUUCUGAUAUGCAUUGAAGGAAAAAGAAAAUCCCAGUCUAUCUAGAAGAAAGGAAGGUUACUGAUCUCAGAUUAAUUAAUUAAUAUUUCUUCUUCAAUAUGCUUUUGAGAGUUACAUUAUGGUUGGGAGUACCUAGUUAUGUGCUGAAAAAUAGAAAUUGUUUUAUAUUUGCCCUGGUUUCAGAGCAGCUUUUAUUCUGGUCUUUGGACCACUAACACAGUUUUCAGGGUUGCUGGCAAAAGCAUGGAUUGUCCACUAGAAUUACACUUUGUGUGUGUGUGCGCACACGUAAGUGAAUGUGACGACUGCCACUGAAAAAGCUUUGAUCUAUAUAUUGGGAACUCAACGCAAAAGAUUACACCACCAAAAAAGUUAAUUUAGCCAUUUUCAUUAAUAAAUUGUAUGUCUUACUCAAUACAUUGUCAAAAAACGUACUCUAAACCCAGAGGUGUUUACUUACAGACUUUAUCAAAUGAGAAAUUUAGUACGAACUUGGUAGGAUUUUCUGUCCUGGCAUAGUCUUUUUGUAAUUGGUAUCUUAGCAAGUUUUUAGCCAUGAUGUAAUGCAUAUUGGACAGGAUGAAAUCAUACCAAGAAGUUACUAUAGUUACCAAUUUUGGUAUACAACAUGUACUGGAUUAUUCAGGUUUUUUCACCUCUAUGUUAACAGCAAAUCUUAACAUUUCAUCCUUAUCUACUAGUUGUAAUUGUAGAAUUACAGACUUGCAGAUGACUACAUAUGGCAUGUCUCUUCCCUCUAAUAUUUGUGUGUAUGUGUGGUAUGUUUAAGUGUGUGUGUGGCUGUGCACACACCUGUGCACCUCUCCCAUUAUGGCAAAUGGGAAUUACUUUUUUAUGUACAUUAAUUUAAGAACAUUUUAAAGAUGUACAGAAAAACAACACUGUAUAUUUUUUUUGUUCAAUUUGAAAAAUGGAUCAGAAUAAUGUAAAGAACAUUUACAAGAAUUUUUAUGUUACCAACAUGAUACUUAUUUCCUUAAAGGUCAGUAGAACAGACAUAUGGAAAUUCUAAGUCUUAGUCUACAAACCUUUAUUUCAUGAGGACUUUAGUUAUGGAGCUGAAGGAGCUAACUCUUAAAGUUCAAAAAGGUUUGUAUUAAUGGGCUCUAACAGGAAUUUCACAUCAGAUCCCAUGAUUGACAGAUGCAAGGUUUUGCUCUUUGGGUUAAAUUAUGAGCCAGCUAAGCCUCCUUGUAAAAGAAGCCCUGUAGAAGGGCUUCUGUAAUUUGAUGUAAUUGACCUUUGAAUUUCUAUGGAAUAGUGUGCUCCCAAGCAUAGGAGCAUGUUAAAAACAAAAAAAAAGAAGAUCGGGCCAGGUGCUCUCAGUGGCAUCAGUGCAUGUAAAGCAAUGAAACUGCAGGAGAGAAGCUGAGAGAAUUUGUCCCAUUAUAUCUAAUAAUGUACAGGCCACAAACACUGUGUAAAGAUGUCACUGGGACAAGCACUCUGCCAGUGCUUGCUUUUUGCCUUCCAUGUACAUUUAUGUUUGGGAUACUGUUCAGAACAAGUAAUACAGCAUCAUUUUGUUGAACCCACAAGGAAACAUAUAAUCUCCCACACUGACCUUUUUUCUCCAAGGAUUUUUGGCCAGAAUAUUGGAGGCAUGAAACAAGCAUCCAAUUGAUUAAAAAGCCAAUUGAAAAAGGCUUCUAUUCAGACACAGCACUACUCCUCAUCCUGUUGGGAUUUGGUGAGAUUUAUAGGAGAUACUCCUCACUCUAAAAUGUCUGUUUAUGUAUUUAUAAAACUUACCAUGUGCACCCAGCUCUAAGAGUCUUGGCAAAUGAACUUUUUGUUCAGAGGAAUGUUGUGGUUUACUUUUAAAUGAAAU